UGUCACCAUUUAAUGACUAAAUUAGUUUUAUUUAUUAAAUUUUUUACAUAAAAAAUUUUAAUUGUUUAAAAUAUUAGUUAACGUUUAGACAAGGCAUGAUAAGCGCUUUUAUUUCUGUAUCUCUGUUCUGCGAAUUAACUAAAAAAAGGAAUUUUGACUUGCUCCGGUACUUUUCGACCCGUACUUAUUUUCCUGGGACGACAUAAUGGACAAAAAGCAAGCCACAGCGACCAAAUGCGCCUGCAAGUGUGGACAAAUUAGAUUAAAAAAACCUGGAACUGACUUCAGGAAGGAGGACGAAAGGGGUGGUAAGGUUCGCCAGCUCUUUGAAGAACGACGAGGGGCUGGGCGUGACAAAAGCUACCCGUUGGAGCCAUUGAGACACAAAGUAGCUAGUCUAGAUCGAAUCAACUACAACAUAGAAGAGCAACCUCUUAACAGAGAGUUCCAGACUCGGAGUCAUAAAGUGACGAGCCAAUCCAAACAGCCGACAGAGCUGCCAAUUUUUCGAAGGCUUCCAAACCUAGGUGGUAACUUGUACAGCUCCCAGAACCAAGACAUUCUGUCAAAUCGGCCUGUUAUAUGCGGAAAUUAUAAAGAAAUGGAUAGGCACAGCAUCAAGAAAGACAUAGGAAGUGCUGAUAUAUCAAGUCUUUCUAAAAGUUUAAGGUCAAUGAAAGUCGGAAGCCCAAACCAGAAUGUGGUGAAUGAUAGCAAGCCUAUAAGUAAAAGGCCAAAUGAAAUGAAAUCAAAAAUUGCCAAACCUUCUUCUCCUUCGAUUAUACCUACAAGAAAGCCUUCCUCGAUACCGACAAGAAAUGUGUUAUCUCCACAGAAUGCGACAGCAACAAAACCACGCACUUCUAUACCUUCGCCCACAACAAAGUCUAGUGUUCCCACAAUGAACCGAAUCAAAUCGCCUACAACUGUGAGCGCUCCUCACAAAAAUAUCGCUGUGUCUGAACCGCCCAAGCCUAAAUCACCACCGCAAGAUGGUAGAAAAGAUUGCCCCAUCUGUGGUCGUUUUUUCCUACCCGAUCGUCUUGCUGUCCAUGAGAAGAUAUGCAAAAAGUCCAAAACAAAGAAACGGAAAGCGUUCGACCCAGUGAAACAUCGAGUCCAGGGAACUGAGGCUGAAUCCUAUUUACGACAACCAACCAAAACAGUGGCAAAUGCUCCUCGGCCGAAGCUAAACUGGAGGCAGAAACAUGAAGAAUUCAUCUCUGCCAUAAGAGCGGCCAAAGAAGCCCAAGCUUACGUCGCAAAGGGUGGUAAAUUGUCAGACCUUCCGCCACCUCCUCCGUUGGAUACCUCGCAUUACACGCCUUGCCCGCACUGCGGUAGAAAGUUCAAUGAAUCCGCUGCUGCCAGACAUAUACCAAAGUGUGCUGAUAUGAAACACAAUAAGCCAAAGCCACAGAGCAAGGUCAAUACCAGAAUGAACAGAAUAAAAUAAUAAUUUGAUUGCAAAUUAAACUUUAAAUAAAUAUAAAUUGUGAUUUGGUUCAUUUUCUAUGUAACCCUACAGUGUACUAAUAGAUACAGUACUUUUGUUCUUAAAAUCUACAAAAUUGAACUAAAAUAUAAAAACUUUGUUAAAAAAAAAAAAAAAAAAAACUGUGGGGUUAUAAAUAAUAAAAAUAAAGCAGUUGAUAUAUUAACGUUUUCUACCCUUGCUUCAAAAUGCUCGUAUUACUGUUAAAGCUGCUCUGCUUACUAAAUAAUAUUCUCUGAAAGGCUAUAUUUUUUAAUGCUGGAAAUAUUUUUGUAACUGUAUUUUUAUCUGUUUGUUUGUUACUGUUUUUGAUGGGAAGGGGAGAGGAACUAAGCAGAAUGGAUUUGUAAAACAAUGGAAUGUGAGUCAAUACGUUUGUUAAUGAAUUAUUUUUAUUUAACAUUUUGCCUUUUCAUUUCAUUUUUAUCUUAAUUUAAAUCUUGCAAUAACAUUUGUUAAAAAUUAAAGGAUAAAUCCUAAGUCUUUAAGAAAAGAAAAUUUUAGUUUAAUUUUCUUAUCGAGCUUUUAGCUUUAGCACUUGAGUUCCUCACCAAAGUUCUCAUAUCUUUCCAAGUAUUGUUGGUUAAAAUGACAAUUUAUUUAGCGCUUUUUUAUUAUUAUUGUAUUUUUUUUAGUUUACCGGUACAAAAUAGCUUAAAGCUUUGUCAUAUUUUUCGAAUCGUUUAUAGUAGAAUUUUGUAAGGAUUCAUAAUUAAGAACUGAUUGUAAAUGUAUUUAAGCUAUUGUACAGUAAAUUGUUUUACAAUUAACCGAUGUAACUUUAAUAAAAGACUUGUAAAUAAUUACCUUA